CUAUCUCAUUCGUUAGCUAGUUGACGCAGUUUACAUAUAGCACUGUAUAUACGUCAAUAUUUGUAAGUCAAUCGGAGCUGGCUGAAUUUCUACAGUGACUCCCGACAGUAUCAAUCAAGCUACUUUUCCGCUUUGGACGCGGUAUGAAGUCUCCUCGGACGCGUUAUGCAUUCUCCUCGGACGCGGUAUGUAUUCUCCUCGGACGCAGCGGUGGAAGCGUUGCUGAGAGCCCAUUGGCUAUCGAGCGGCCAAUGGCGUGGGUCUUGAUUGCUUAAACACUUCCAUGGAGGAAUAUUCCGGUUCACUGCGCACGGCUGUAGUUUUCCUGAAGUGUUUCCCUAAUGUCAGAAUGACAGCUAUAAAAAUGGCGGAGGGCAAUAGAGAAAAGUGAUGAGGACGGGGCAACAAAUGAGACGACUAUCCUCAAUUUAUUGUAUGAUUCUCAUUGUUCAUCGGAUAUUCUCGAAAACAUUUAAGGUUUGGUGAGACUUGUGCAGAGCCUAGUUUGUUCUUCUGUUAAAGAUUUAGCUAGCUAACGUUAGCUAGUUUGCUAUCUGCGGAAGAGGCACAACUUCCAAGACAUUGCAGCUAAAAAACAAAAAAAACAAGCAUUGUUUUUGAGCUUAUUUCGUGAUAGUUGGGGACUUUGUGUAAAUCAGGCAUUAUAAUUCCAAUAACGCAAGGUAUCAUUAGCUGGACAUAAACCGCUUUGCACUCUCCUCCGAUUUGGGCUAGCUACAGUAACUCAUUUAGCUAGCAAACAAAGUGGCGUCAACUGACUACGAAUUCAGCUGAUUGUUUAUUUUAUGACGACAUGGCUCGUUCCCCGGAUCAGAGUGGCAUUCCAGGGAUGCAGAACUUUAAAGCCGAUCCGGAGGAGCUGUUCACCAAGCUGGAGAGGAUAGGGAAAGGCUCUUUUGGAGAGGUGUUCAAAGGCGUUGACAAUAGGACUCAGAAAGUAGUGGCCAUUAAGAUAAUUGACCUCGAGGAGGCUGAGGAUGAAAUCGAAGACAUCCAACAGGAAAUAACAGUCCUCAGCCAGUGUGACAGUCCCUUCGUUACCAGGUAUUAUGGAUCAUAUUUGAAGGAUGCGAAAUUAUGGAUUAUUAUGGAAUAUUUAGGAGGAGGAUCAGCUCUGGAUUUAUUGGAGCCCGGUGCCUUGGACGAAACCCAGAUUGCCACUAUUCUCAGAGAGAUCCUGAGGGGACUUGAGUACCUGCACUCUGAAAAUAAAAUCCACCGAGAUAUUAAAGCCGCUAACGUGUUGCUAUCAGAGCAAGGAGACGUGAAGCUGGCAGACUUUGGAGUGGCGGGGCAGUUAACGGACACCCAGAUAAAGAGGAACACGUUCGUGGGCACUCCGUUCUGGAUGGCACCUGAAGUCAUAAAACAGUCUGCGUAUGACUCCAAGGCGGAUAUAUGGUCGCUAGGUAUAACAGCCAUAGAGCUAGCCAAAGGAGAGCCGCCCUACUCAGAGCUUCACCCUAUGAAGGUCUUAUUCGUCAUCCCAAAGAACAACCCGCCCACCCUGGAAGGAAACUACUGCAAACCCCUCAAAGAAUUCAUAGAAGCCUGUUUGAACAAAGAGCCCAGCUUUAGGCCAACUGCCAAAGAGCUUCUGAAACACAAGCUGAUCAUCCGGCACGCCAAGAAGACGUCCUACCUUUCAGAGCUGGUGGAGAAGUACAAGAAGUGGAAAGCAGAGCAGUCUCUGGAGGACUCCAGCGACGACGAGUCGGGCUUUGAGCUGGAUGGCCAGGCAUCUGGAGUGAACGACUCUGGGAACGAUGCCUGGAUCUUCAACACCAUCAGGGAGAAGGACCCCAAGAAGUUCCUGAAUGGUGCCGCCCAGUUUGAGCUGGAGAGGAACCAGGUGCAAGACAAUCCAGAAAGGCCUCUGUCACAGAGCUGGUGCAAUAUCAUUUCACCUUUGUUUGCCGAGUUAAAAGAGAACCAGGUUGAGGCAACCAAUGGCAAGCCAGAGGCUGUGGAUGAGCUGAGGGAGGCCGUUUUCAUGUCGGAGGAGUCCUAUCCUGGUAUCUCUGACGCCCUGGUGUCUGAACUAGUGCACAGACUACAGAGGUUUUCUCUACCCAGGGCCUCAUUCUCCCAGUGACACCCCCCCCCCAUCCCACCACUACAGUAGCAGCAGUCCGUCAGUCCAUGGCCUCUGACAUCAACAGCCAAGAUUAAGUCUCCCAGGAAGUUCUCCAUCACUCAUUCAUUCACCUAAAGCAAAGCCUCAGCCCACUUUUUUUUAAUUUUUUUUUCUCUACUUAAGGUAUAUUGUCACUUUGCGGCCAGUCACAGGCCUGUUGGUCAGCUGCCACUUUGACUGACAACUGCUGUAAGACCUUUUGGGCUCAAUACCUCCGAUAUGAACACAGGAUCAUUGAUUCAAACAUUUUGGUGUGGCUUAUUCCUAAAAGGUCCUGAAGCCUUUCAGGGAGGAUCUAACUUUAGUGUGUGUGUGUGUGUGUGUGUGUGUGUGUGAGCAUCUCCUUUGAGAUCCUGUGAAAUGUGCGGUGGAGAUUGAAGCAUUCUUUUCAAAACUCAGGUAUCCUGCUUUUAAGUGGAUGAGGGUCCUCUGGGAGAAUUAAAAGAUCUGUUGGGUGGCUGUACAAACUUGUAAAUAGGCACAUUUUUACAAAUAUUGAGAAAUAAUGGAGUGUACACAAAGGAAUCUCUGUGUACAAGUGGCCAAAUGCUUCUGUACAUAUAUUCUGUUAGAAAGGGUCAAUGUUUAAAGAGACAUGUAAAUGGUCAUAACUGAGAUUGCUUUGCCUUUAUUACUUGCUCUUUUGUAUUUCAGUCAUGGAUUCCCUCUUAUUUAAAUACAUUAUCUUGGAUUCCCUCUUGUUUAAAUCAUACAUUUUCAAGGACACAUCCAUUCAAUGGCAAUUGCUUCCCUCUGUUGUGUUUUUGUUAAUUGAUACUUUGGCCACUUUUUUUUUUCUUUUUUUUUCUUUUUUAAAUGCUCUUUGACCUUUUUGAUGUCUCACUCAAUGACAUGGCUGUAGUUGCAGUGCAGUGCAGUGCAGACCACAGAAACAGAAUCUGUCCAGGUGCACUACUUCUAACCCUCUCUAGUCGUGACACUGGGUUCUGUUGCCAGAGCAUUGAACUUCAUGAGACCACAUGGUUUCAUGACAAAAUGUCUGUUGGAUUGUUCCUGUCGUGUGUAAGAUGAGUGCUUUAGUUCUAUUGAAGGUUCACCUUUCCUCCUUUUUUUUCUUCUUUUUAACAUGGCAGUAAAUUCAACUACAUCAUCCCACAACAAACACGUCGUCUUUGGAACUGCAGUGGUACAAUCUAUUCAAUAGCUUGAAUUGCAUUUUUUUUUUUUUUUUUUUUUUUUUUUGGCGUAAGACCGCAUGGUCAUUAUAGUACAGGCAUGUCUCAAUGCUACAUAAGACACCUGUCCACCUGAAACAACACAGCUUGGAGCAUAGUAUAGCAUAGUAUAACAGAACACUGUAAACGUGAAUUCCACACUAAGUUUAGUUGAAAAGGAUUGCAGAAGUGCGUUAUGGUAUGUUCAUACUAGUUGACGUAAAGUAGCAGAAAGCCAACGGCCAUUAGGAAGCAUACCGCACUUCCCUGCUGCUACUGAGGUAUUUAUUUAACUAGGCAAGUCAGUUAAAAACACAAUUUUUAUUUACAAUGAUGGCCAUAGGAACAGUGGGUUAACUGCCUUGUUCAGGGGCAGAACGACCGAUGUCUUUACCCCUUGUCAGCUCAGGGAUUCGACCGAGCAACCCAUCAGUUACUGGCCCAACGCUCUAACCACUAGGCUACCUGCUGCCCCUAAUAUCCAUUGUAGCAAGCAUGCUACUGGACUCUUAACCUGAUGUCCUGGACCUUGAGUGUUUAAGUCAGCCUUAGCAACCUUAUUGCGAGUGGGGUGCAGUCACAUUUUUAAAAAAAUGCAGUAUGGACACAUUUAACAAUUGAUUUACAUCAGCUAAGUUAAUGGUUUUUGCUCUUUACAUGGGGUUAGAUACUAUAGCUUCAUAAAGCACACAGAAGUAUGAACACUGGGUCUCCUAUGGGAUUUCAACAGCUACUGGAAACCUUCUUUUGUAUUCGCUGUGUUCAGACCAAUGUGAGAUGUCCAGUAUUGAACUGUUUUUUUUCUUCUGAGUUUUGGGCAUUUGGGAUUGGAAACAGAAGUACCCCCUUGUUUUGAACCCACUUCUGUUGACCCCUUUUCCAACAUUUGAGUGGACCCCUUUUGAUCUAUUUCCGUUAUUCCCCUUAUGUCACACAUGAAAGUGCCAUGUAUGGAUGCCCAUCUUUGUUUUGUAAUUUGCACCUUGUAGAGACAACUGUCCCGUUUUUAUUCUUUGUGUUGCACUUUUUGUAAGCGUUUUCUUCAGGAUUCACGUAAGAAUAAUGGUACUUGAGACCAUAGGGUUUUUUUCUCCGUUGUCAUAUCUUACGUGAUUACUAGUAAACCUUUCUGAGUGUAGCAACACAUUUAUCAGCACAGAUAUAUUCUACGGAACAAGAAUAUAUUUUUAUAACUCACACAAGCAGUAUGUAUAGAAUAAAGAAUAUUGUCCUUCCGUUUGUUAUUAAAAUUGAAAUGUCAUUUUCUGUAACAUUGCAGACUGUUUAUAGUCCUGUAUAUAAUCAUUGUUCAUGUCACUCAAAUUCCAAGGUAUUGGGAGUCUUUUGUAAGCUUUCAAGUGAUUAAAAUCGAACGCAAAUUUAAAUGGA